AUGGACACUAAAGUGUGCAGAGGAAACCCAACCUACACCAAAGAGAGAGCUCGGUGGUUGGACCGUAAUGAAGACGACGGGCAGAUCGUGAGAGAGUUAGUCCCUACUGAUGAUGGCCAACGAUUGUUCACUGUUGGCUAUCACAUUGCGAUAAAGACGGGCAGUAUUAACGGCGCCAGCUCAGAUUCGAAGGUGUUCGUGAAGCUGUACGGAGAGAAAGGCGACACCAACAAGAUGCUGCUGGUCGUCUCUGAUAACGACCUGGGGAACUAUUUCGAGACGGGACAGACGGACAUCUUCACCAUAGAGACCUUUGACAUUGGCAAGGUAAACAGGCUACUGAUUGGCCACACCAAUGAAGGUCUGCGAGCCGGUUGGUUCCUGGACAGUGUUCUGAUCUGGGUGCCGGUGCAUGGCUUGCAGUAUAUGUUCCCCUCCCACCGCUGGCUCUGUAAAGAUGAGGCUGAUGGGAAGGUGGAAGUGGAGAUCUACCCAAGUGAGACACUGGAGAUAGAGAAAUUGAUCAAUUAUGAGGUGACAGUGGUGACAGGAGAUGUGUGGGCUGCAGGGACGAAUGCAAACGUCUUCCUUCAGAUAUAUGGAGAGGAAGGAAAAUCUGAACUAAUUCGACUCAAGAGCCGAUCCAACAACUUUGAGAGAGGAACCACGGAGAUCUUUAGGAUUGAGGCCCUGGAUGUGGGGCGGGUCUACAAGAUCCGCAUUGGCCAUGAUGGUUCGGGUAUCGGGGCUGGAUGGUUCUUGGAGAAAGUGGAUGUUAAACGCCUGAUCAUGGCAAUGGUGAAACCAGAGAAGAAGGAGGAGGAAAAGAAAGACAAGAAGAAGAAAAAGAAAAAAAAGGCCAGUCUGAGUCAAAGUAUUGGCUUUUGCAACUAUUAUUAUUGUUGAUUCAUUUAGAGUUUAUUUAAUCCAGUCCAGCAACUAGCAUAUCAAUAUUGAUCGGCUCCACGUUGUUUUUAUAAGUAUGUUUAUUGGAAAUAU